AUGAGCUCAAUUACUACAAAUCAAUGCUGUCCAGAUCUAUGCGAACGUAAAGAAAUCGUUAUUAUUGGCAACGGACCAUCUGCUAUAACUCUAUCUUAUAUUCUUUCUGGUCAUGUUCCUUAUUGGAAUGGAUGUCCUGUAUCAAAUGAUUAUUUAAAUAUCAAAUUGGAACAACAUGUUAAAGAUGCAUCCUUACUUGAACAGGAUUUAGAAUUUCUAUCUGAUGGACUUGAAGGUCGUUCAAGAAAUCCCGUUUCAUUGCUUAUUGAUAGUUUAAUGCAUCCUGAUGCCGACCUCGGCGCACAUUUACAAUCGAAAAUAAGAUGGCGGCAUGAUCCAUCAUUGAGUAUCGAUCAUCUUUGUAUAGGACGCGGUGGAAUUGGUGGUGUAUGGAAUCAACUAACAUCUAAACAGUUACAAACAAUUAGUAUGGCUGAUUGGAUGGAAUUACCAAAUUAUUCAAUGUCGACAUUUCGACAACGUCGAACAGGCCGAUCUAAUUCACCGACGAACAAUGAUCAAGCAAAAACAAAAACUGAAAAUCUAUCAGCACGAGCAACUUAUGAUGAAGUUCGUUCAUAUUAUAUUCAGUAUGUUAAACGAAAUCAUUUAAUGAAUCAUUUUCGUAAUGGCUACGAAAUAAAAUCUAUCGAACGUGUGUGCAUUGAUGCACCGUAUUAUAAUGAUGUGACAGAAGAAAUUCAUGCACCAGAACCGCUAUGGGAAAUACGAGGCUGUGACGAACAAAAUAAAAAUCCAUUUGUCAUACAUUCGAAAUAUGUUGUUUUAGCAACAGGUAUUCCACAAAAAAUAACAAGACCCUUAGGCAUUAUUGGCGAACAAGCAAGUCAAUCAUUUACUUACACAACUGUACAUGAAAUGGAAGAAUUAAUUUCAAAUAAAAAACGAUUAGCUCACAAUAGUAAACCUUUACUUGUUGUUGGCUGUGGCCUCACAGCUGUUGAUGUGCUGCUUUUAUGUCAACAAAAUUCAAUACCUGUUGUACAUGUAUUCCGUCGAGCUAUUGAUGAUCAUGAAUUAGUACUCAAUCAGUUGCCUGCUAAUAUCUAUCCGGAAUACGAACGUAUCAGAGAAUUAAUUCGACAAUCAGCAUCGGGAGCAGCAUCUAUGUCUCCUUCUUCUUCGUCAUCAUCUCGAUGGUCCUAUCAAUGUUUUCCUCAAUGUGAAGUUAUAUCAAUCACCGAAGAUGGUACAGCACAUAUACGCAAUCUUCGUACACAAUCAACCAUAGACUAUGAGAUAUCAUUUGUAGCUAGACUUACUGGAUCUGAUGUGACUAUUCCUUUUCUUUCAUCGUUGGCCGUGAAAAAAAAUAAGGGUCUUCAAAUUAAUCCAUAUACAUACGAAUGUGUUGAUUUCGAAAAUGUUUAUGCGUUAGGUCCAUUAGCUGGAGAUAAACUCGUUCGUUUCUUGCAAGGUGGUGCUCUAGCGUGUGCAUCGAGUCUGUUUAAAAAGCAUCGGCAAGCUUCAUCAUCAUCGAAUAGUAUUAAUAGUAGAUUAUUAUUUUCCGUUACUCCUCGCGUUAGAAUUAUUGCAUAA